GAAAUGAGAAUACAAAGGCAGAAGUGCAAAUGCUCGCUGCUGAACAGUCAGUGAGCGAGAGAGCAGCUGAGGUGAAACAAGCAGGAAUGACAGACAUCUGAAAGAAGAGAUUCAUGCUGAUGUGAAAAAGUAUUGUUAAAAACAAGUGAAACUCUGGAUACUGGUGAAAGCUGGAAUAUGGGUGAGUCCAGUAUCUGUCAGGUGAGGGCGACGGUCAUGCUGUAUGAUGACAACAACAAGCGCUGGAUUCCAGCAGGAUCUGACAGCGCUUCCUUUAGUCGUGUCCAGGUCUAUCACAACUCUUCAGCCAACACUUUCAGAGUGGUGGGAAGAAAACUGCAGGCUGACCAGCAGGUGGUGAUCAACUGUCCCAUUAUUAAAGGGAUGAAGUAUAAUCAAGCCACACCAAACUUCCAUCAGUGGCGGGAUCACAAGCAAGUGUGGGGGCUAAAUUUUGGCAGUAAAGAGGAUGCUGCUCUGUUUGCCAACACGAUGAUGCAGGCAUUAGACACUCUCAGUGCAGCCACAGGCCCAGCACAGAAUGGCCCCUCUGCACAGCAGGUGGAAGAACAGAAAAGACUAGAGCGUCAGAAGCAGGAACAGCAAGAAAAGGAACGACUGGAGAGAGAACGAAAAGCUACUGCAUCUGCUCCUCCUGUUCCUCCUGCCCCAGUAGCCGCUUCACCUGCCCCACCAGCACCCCCACCACCUCCAGGCCCACCUCCCUCUGGAGCAUGCCCACCUGCACCUCCACCACCUCCUUCUGGAGGUAUGGUCCCACCUGCACCACCCCCACCCCCUGCAGGAGGCAGUGGAGGAGGUGGAGGUGGCGGUGGCGGUGGAAACAGUCUGGCUGCGGCUCUGGCAGGAGCCAAACUGCGUAAAGCAGUGAAGGAUGAGGGAGGUUCAGCAGCCCCAGCCCCCAAACCACCAUCCUCCUCUGGUGGAAGUGGAGGAGGUAACCUAAUGGGAGAAAUGAGUGCCAUCCUUGCAAGAAGGAGAAAAGCUGCUGAUAAACCUGCUGAAAAAAAGGAAGAACCUAGCAAUGAGGAUUCUGAAUCCUCAGUAUCAAAAUCUUCAGGUCCAGGAGAAAGCAAUCAGUUUAAGGAGAAAUCUGCCACUAUGCCAAGGGCCAAAUCUGUAACCACCAAUCAGAGAGACUCAAUUUCCAACUCUGCUACUCCUUCUUCUCCCAGCUCUGCCACCACUCCUGUGUCCAGGAUGAAGGUGGUGAAAAAGAACUCAGAUGCUUCAGGAAGUGAUUCUGAUAUGGAAAGAUUUAAACAGGAAAUUCUUGAACAAAUGAAGCAAGAACUCCAUAAAGUGAAGGAAGAGAUCAUCGCAGCUCUGCUUCAGGAGAUGCAAAGGUCACAACUCAAAAGUGAAGACUGAAGAUGGAGAGAAAAAAAUAAACAUCAUGUUUUCCUCUCAGAGGCGAUUUGCAAGUUUUAUUUUGUAGAAAUUAUUUUAUCUUUACAGUGUUUAUUUUCAUGUGAUGGAGUUUAAAGCCUGAUCAAUUUUAAGACUAGUACUGGCAAUAUUUAAGAAUUACAAAAUACAGUACCAGUCAAAAGCUUCAUAUGAAUGGGUAAGUGUGUCCAAACUAUAAACUAGUAUAUUGCCCUAUAUUCAGCAUGAGCACAUGACAUUUAGAUGUAAGCCAUCAUUUCCCUCUUAUUUUUCCUACUUGUAGAAGGAACUCAGUUCUUGUCCAGUACGUGUUCAUGUGAAUAGUUUACAGUGUUCAUCAGGAAUAACGUGUCCAUGUAUUUUUGUAAGUGUCAGGCAGCAAUAAUCUGCUCAAACACAUGUUCACACUUUUACCUGUAGAACUGGUAAGAAGUGAGCACAGUAUUAUUUUUGUAUCCAGAAGGACAUGCAGUGUGUUUAUCAUAUGUAAACAUUAUUUUUAAUCUGGUUCAGAUCAGAUUCAGUCCAGUCUAGAUAAUGUCUACAAUUACACAGUAUAGGUCAGGUGAAGUUAUGGUAUACCAGGAAAAACUCCGUAAGACCAUAUGGUCAUGCAUCUCAAAUCUCAACAAAAUAUAUAUUUGAUAUACUUCCACUGUCAUCUGAUGAAUUACUCUUUAAAAGUAGUCACAAAUAAAUAUUCAUCUUGUUGAAAAUAAUAAAAAUGGUU